AUACCCUAUGCUGGCUAAACUAUGCGCUAAAUCAGCUGCAACAUUUGCAUAUUUGUUCAACUGAGACUAAAUGAUAUACUUUCAUUACCUUGGCUAAUUCAUCGUACAUGCAAAAAUUGGCAAAUUGCAUUGGAUCGGAUGUAUUGUUGAGUGGGCAUGGUUACUUUAUAUUGACUUACAUAAAUUUGGUUUUGAAUUAAAAUUGGAUCAAACAGCUUCCAUCUGACAUUAUUUGCAUUUCAAAAUAAACUAACGACGCUUAAAGUAAAGAAUAGGUGUGGAGGCAGGAGGUCGACUUUCUUAGAUCGGAGUCGGAGACGAAUUAAGGAGCAAUGUCGCGUUUCAAGAUGUUUGCCGUGUAUGUGGUUUUCAUUUCUUUACUGAAUUUGGUAACGAAAACUGAGCAAACAGUUACAACGACUGACUGUGGGACAACAAAGGGUUGUUUGCGAGUUCCGGCAGGCUGCGUUAACACGGAUUGUAACUUUGUGGCAAAAUACAGUUACCAACAAGAUCUUGUGGUAUUUGAAUUGUUUGGAAAAAAUUCUGAAUGGGUGUCAAUUGGUUUUAAUGACAAACAGGAAAUGGUUGGCACUGAUUCAGUCAUCUGUUACGUCAACAAUACUGUUUUUAUUAAAAGUGCAGAAUUACUGCAAAAGACUUCUCCUACACUCGAAGAGGCAAACGACCUAAACCUCACCUACAGCUCAGGAAACCGUUCAAUACACUGCAGGUUCACUCAUCCUAUCCGACCAAAUAAUGCAAGUAAAUUACGAAAUCUUGACGCUGAGUUCUACCUCAUUUAUGCCACAGGUGAAAUGAAGAAUAACGCUCUUGGAUUUCAUUAUACACUGUAUGGUGUUUCAACUUACCAUGUUAACCUAACAAAAACUAACGAAUCUAGAGCAGCGUCAGAUGGAAUUGCGACAGACGGUUGUGGUAAAACUAUUGGAUGUUUACGUUACCCAAAGGGAUGUCACGGAACAGAUUGCGACUACAUGGCAACUUAUCGUUACCAAGGCGAUCACGUCUUAUUUGAAAUUUUUGGAAAGGAAGCUUCUUGGGUAUCAAUUGGUUUUAGUGACAAUAAUGAGAUGCCUGACACAGACGCUGUUAUUUGUCACAUUGCAGUCAACCAAACCGCUGUUAUAAAGCGUUCAAGAAUGACAGAAAGACGUCGCCCUCCUCUUGUGGCAGCAAGCAAUCUUGAUCUUACUGGGAGGUCAUAUUACAGGAAAAAUAUUCAAUGCAGAUUCAGUCAUCCAUUUACUCCAAAUUCUGGAAGUGGAUUACGAAAUCUUAGUCAAACUGUUUUCUUGCUUUAUGCCAAAGGUGACUUUGAUUUGAAUGAUACUGAACCAUUUCGAUAUCAUUCAAGCAAAGAAUCACAUCGCGGUGCUUCCCCAAAACCUGUCGAUCUUCAAACAGCAGAAGAUAUUGCCCUAGGAGAACCAGAUAAAGGUGUACAAGAGGGAAUUUCAACUGCUGGCUGUGGAAAAACAAUGGAGUGUUUACGUUACCAACCAGGAUGUAAUGGCAGCAGCUGUGAGUUCGUGGCUACUUACAGUUAUCAACCUGCCACCAAAAAUGUAACAUUUGAGUUGUUUGGGAAAAAUGCUGAAUGGGUCGCAAUUGGGUUUAGUGAAGAUGACAGAAUGCCUAAUACAGACUCUGUGUUUUGUUACAACUCCGGUGGCAAUAUUCUCAUACGAAGUGGAAGAUUGGUAUCUCGAAGUUUACCCAGUCUUGAAGAGGAUAAUGGCUUGGUUCUUCUCAACCAAUCAACAGUCGGUGGAAUUCGUUGCAAAUUUACCCAUCCUCUUACACCGGGAAGUACAUCUAAACUGCGCAGUCUUGAUCAGAAAGUUUAUCUUCUCUAUGCGAAAGGUUCAGUAUCAGGCAAUCCAAAGCAACACGCUAGGUCGGCGUCAGGACGCGGAGUUUCAGAUGGACGUGUUAAUGUAACAAAUGUAGGAGAGGAUGUUGAAAAAGAAAAACCGGAUGAUAAAGGAGGAAUUUCGACUUCUGGCUGUGGAAAAACAGUGGGGUGUUUACGUUACAAAUCAGGAUGUAGUGGAAGCAGCUGUGAGUUCGUGGCUACUUACAGUUAUCAACCUGCCACCAAAAUUGUGACAUUUGAGUUGUUUGGAAAAGUUGCUGAAUGGGUCGCAAUUGGGUUUAGUGACGAUCAAAAAAUGGCUAAUACAGACUCUGUGUUUUGUUACAAAUCCAAUGGCAACAUUCUCAUACGAAGUGGAAAAUUGGUGUCUCGAAGUUUACCCAGUCUUGAAGAGGAAAAGGACUUGGUUCUUCUCGAGCAAUCAACAGACGGUGGUGGAAUUCGUUGCAAAUUUACCCAUCCUCUUACACCGGGAAGUGCAAGUAAACUGCGCAGUCUUGAUCAGGAAAUUUAUCUUCUUUAUGCGAAAGGUUUGGUAUCAGGAAAUCCAAGCCAACACGCUGCGUCGGCGUCAGGACGCGGAUUUUCUGAGGAACGUGUUAAUGUAACAAAAACAGUCGAGGCUGAAACAACUACUCCAAGUCAGUUGAAAAAGAAAGUGCACGGUUCAUUAAUGACUGUCGUUUGGAUUUUACUUGCAUCCUCUGGCUUGUUUUUCGCUCGAUACACCAGACAAAAUUGGCCAGAUACUGAAUUACUGGGAACUAAAGUUUGGUUUCAGUUCCAUCGGGUUUUGAUGGCCGUUGUUGUUCUUGGAACAAUCGCCUCAAUUGUAAUAAUAUUUGUCGAUCUGGAUGGAUUUACGGAGCACGAGGGCACGGUUAAAACACAUGCUAUAAUUGGUUUGGUUGUUUUUCUCCUGGCUGUAUUACAGCCCAUUGGUGCUUUAUUGAGGCCACAUCCGGGAACACCAAAGCGACCGUAUUUCAACUUCUUUCAUCGAUCAUUAGGCGUUUCUGCCUUCGUAAUGAGUGUCGUGACGAUUAUACUCGGUCUGGAUUUCUUCAAAAAGGAUGAAGCAUAUUACACAGUCAUUGGUUAUGCUGUUUUUUUGGCUUUUGUUAUCGUUAUAAUGGAGAUCUCAAAAUUCUUAUAUGAUCGUGCUCAGGAAACAGUCCAUGACGCAACCGUUCCAGGUGGAAUGCAAAUGGAAAUUAGUAUUGUGGAAGGCAGUUCCUUCCAUCGGACGUUAUCAAAGAUACUGCUGGGAGUUUUGGAUGUUGUUUCUUUGGCUGUAACUAUUGUUGUGAUUUAUUACAUCAAUAAAGAUGACGAGGAGGUUGAGGCUCAUACUCAUUAAUAGAGAUGACGAUGAAGCUCAAAAUUAGCUUAGUUACUGUGUAUAGUCGCAUAAUAUGCAUGCCUACACGAAGUGCCCCUUUUACACUGUGUUGUACCCUAUAUGAAGUGACACAAUGUCGUAAAAUUUAUACAUUUAUGUAAAAACAUUUAUCAGUUGUUGAUGCAAACGAGCGAACAGUCAUGGAUGCUCUGCUGUGCAUUAAGUACUUCUACAUUACUUUAAGUUCAAUUAAAGAAUCGACGCUUGUGUCAGCCUGUGUGAACAAUAGCCUCUAUUACUAGUAU